CAUAAACGACGGUACCCGAAAAUUCUGUUCGAUCAAAAUUCUGUAUUUUUCUUGAAGAAAAAAAUCAAAAUCAAAAAGAAUUUUGUUUAAAAAAAAAUGUCACCAAAUGCAAUAAUAAUCGGUGGAUCACGUGGUAUUGGAUUUGCAAUUGGUAAAAAAUUUCUGGAAAAUUCAUUCAAUGUAACACUUGUAUCCAGGAAUUCGGAAAAUUUACUCAAAAGUGUUGAAACAAUGAAAAAAUAUUCAAAUCAACAAGUUGUUGAUUAUCAAAUUUGUGAUAUAACCAAUGAAAAUAAUAUCGAAGAAACUUGUCAAAAAUUAACCGAAAUAAUUGUCAAGAAAAGAAAUGAACAGAUUGAUAUUCUUGUCAAUUCAGCUGGUAUAACACUGAAUAAAUUAUUAAUGUCAACAAAAAUUUCGGAUAUUCAUAAUGUUAUCAAUACAAAUCUUAUUGGAAUGAUUUUAAUGACAAAAUUAUUAAGUAAACAAAUGAUAAGACAAAAAAGUGGUUCAAUAAUUAAUAUUGGUAGUAUUGUUGGUUCGAAUGGAAAUUCUGGUCAAACAAUUUAUUCGGCAUCAAAAUCUGGUCAAAUUGGCCUUACGAAAUCAUUGGCCAAAGAAUUGGGACCGAAAAAUAUCAGAGUCAAUAUGAUUUCACCAGGUUUUAUCGACACAGAUAUGACAACAACGAAUAUAAAACCCGAACAACUUGAAUAUUACAGAAAAUCUAUUCCGUUACAAAGAAUCGGAUCGGUAGAAGAUGUUGCUAAUGCUACAUAUUUCAUAGCUACAUCACCAUUUAUAACCGGAACAAUUCUGACUGUUGAUGGUGGAUUAAGUUUAACGUUUUAAUCUUGGGAAAAAACAAAAUCUUUAAAAAAGAUAAUCAUUUGUGAUUU